AUGUCGGUGUCACCAGGCGGCUUCGGCUCUAAGCCCGCGCUUCACACAUACUUGUCCGCUCCAUCCGUCCAGUCCACCGUGUUGCUCGGGCACUCCAGUCUUCGUCCGCCUAUCUGGCGCCUGGCAGCGCACGUGAUGUCUGACGCACGAUUCCAUCAGCUUCCGGUCAGCCCUUGGCGACACGCCUGCUGUUGGAUCAUUAUCAUCUAUCGGCUGGGCCCUGGUAACACGCUCACAGGGUCUUUCCGAAGCACGGUUGGUGACAAACGCGCGAAGGUUGGCACUCCGCUUUCUCGCCCAGCUGUCACCCAUUCCGAAUUGAGUCAGGUUGCACACCCAUCGCACCUGAUUGUGUUCGUAGCUUUUCGCCCGGGAAUCCAUUUGAUGCCAUUUUGCCUCUGUGACACCUCCUCCAAAAAUCGGAACCGUACUGCCCGUACUCAUCAGGCAGGUAAGAAGAGCGUCAAGAAUGGCGGGACGAACAAGCUAGAGCGGGCAACAUGUCUGGACUUAUUGGGGCAUUUUCCAUCAUCCGGAUGUCUAGAAAAUUUCGUAAAGCGAACUUUUCUCCCUGAAACAUAUCAUUGUAACCAGUUAUGGGAUUCGCGGCUUCGCCACGAAGUGUUUGGACGUACAUCCCCAAGCCUCAUUCUCCUACGAGACAUCGAUGCUAAUCAGACAGUAUCGCCAUUUGAUUAUGAUAUCUUCGUCAACAAGCUGCACGAGUUGGAUGUCACUUCUUUGGACUUUGCGGAGAAUGUUAUCAGAAAGUAUGCUCGUACGCAGUCGGCUGUCCAGAUCAACGAUUCCACUGCACAUGCCCUUAUCCGCGGUCUACUUGGACUCAAUCAUGCAGACAAGUUACUGAGUUUGCUUAGUCAACGAUCCGAGACUGCAAUUUUUCUUGACACUGUUUCCGCUAACCUACUACUAGACCACUUCAUCGAUCAACAGGAAUGGGAGUCCGCGAUUAAGGUGGCCUGGGAACUGUACUUACAAGAUGACACACGUACUUUCUUUUCGACCCCCAUUACUUUGGCGCUUACGCUGUAUGCCGCGCAAAAACGAAUUCAAUCUUUUUGGCCGAAUGAGAACGAAAGUACCGAAGUGAUCAUGGACUCGGAUGAAGUGGAGUAUAAAUUUGUACGAUACGUACGGAAUGCCAACUAUGAUGGACGAUUCGACGUGGAUCGUCCUCGCUUGUGGCUUGGUUUUCUUUUACUUCAAUUGGCUCAAGCAUUGGUGGCUUUUUCACCACCAUCGCAGCAGACGCCGGGCUCACACGAGACUAUCGAGAGAGCGAAAACAGUGCUUCCACGAGGUCUUCAUUUGUUUGGCCUCGCUUGCUCGGAUCAGUUGACUGACUUACGCACGAAUCUGCAGAAUAUCACCACGUGUGAUCAAUUGCGACUUUGUGGCUUGAGUUCAGCGGUGUUCGAGAAUCUUAUCAAUAUUAUUGGCUCCGCGAAAUCGAGAACGGACGACUCCUCACCAGGGUACCGAGAACCUGUACUCCCUACCCGGACGGAGAUUGAUACUGCUAUGAGCGAGGCAGAGAGAAUCUUGAAGUUUGCGGAACCGUUGAACUAUUGCUUCUUCACUCUAUGUAACAAAUUCGUGCACGACGGUGUGCUCGGCAACAAGCAGGUGAUGGAAAAUGAAACAGAGCUUGUGAAGCAGAUGUACAUGCGAUUCGAACAAGACCGAGAUCGAGUUUGGAAGGCCUAUUUGAGCACCUCUAGAAAGAGUCGUACUCUUACUGAGUCUAAAAACUGUUUACGUGAAUUGUUAGAUGAAGAAGAGCGUCUCGCCUACUUCAAACACUCCGAGGAGGUCCUUGAAAGUGCUUGGUUGGCUCCACGAACCCUUAAAGAACGAAGGUGGUCCAGGAUGAAGCAAUGGCGACAGGAUAUCAUGAAACUGCAAGAAAAGGAACAGGUAGCGCGGUGA